UAAAAGACCAUGAAAAACAUCCAGGUUCCUGCAUUCUCCUGUAUAAAAAUGGAUGUAUUGACGCAGUUUGCUUUACUUCUCCAUCAAAACCAGAAAGGCCAGUCAUUAAAGAUGUCAGAUACAGGCAGGUGGAUCUGAAAGUGUCUCCACCGUGUCCUGCUACAGAGGAGCUAAAAAUACUGUACAAAAUGAAGGAGGAGGAAGACUGGAGAUCUCAAACUGUGUCACAGAAGCAGAACACAGUGACUCUGACUGAUCUCAGACCAGACACUGAGUACAGUAUUAAAUGUGCAGCAGUGGGAAAACUCAACUAUAUCACUGAAUCUGAUGUCACCUCAGUUAUCAUAAAGGACAAAAACAAACUCUUCAAAAAAAGUAUCUUAAUUGAAGAUGGAAAUCCUGCUCGAUACCGUCUACAAACAAGUGCAGACAAUUUGCAACAGUCUGAACCAUAUAGAAAAAUGAACUUUGGAGAGAGAGACAAAAACAAACCUCAUAAAGUCAUUCUGCUGGUGGGAGAAACAGGAACAGGAAAAACAGCCCUGAUCAAUGUGAUGAUCAACUACAUGUUGAGUGUGAAGAGAGAAGAUAAGGUUUGGUUUGAGAUCACAGAUGAUCAGAGCGACCAAUCACAAGCUCACAGUCAGACCUCCAUCAUCACUGUUUAUGGGUUUUAUCUACAGGAGAGUCCAAUCCAUUUAACAAUCAUCGACACACCAGGAUAUGGAGACACAUGUGGAGUUGAUCUUGAUAAAGAGAUCGCCAAGAGUUUGCACAGUUUAAGUAAAUCUGAAGAAGGGAUUCAUGAAAUACAUGCAGUGUGUCUGGUGAUUAAAGCAACACAGAAUCGACUCUUUGACAGAAACAUCUACAUAUUUGAUGCUGUUCAGUCUUUAUUUGGAAGAGAUAUUGCUAAAAACAUUGUCUUGCUCUUCACACACUCAGAUGGGAUGCGUCCUAAAAAUGCUCUGACGGCUGUUAAAGAAGCUAAAAUCCAGUGUGCAGUGAAUGACAAGAAUCAGCCAGUGUAUUUCCUGUUUAACAACUGUCAGUCAGAACCUGCUGAUGAAGAAUAUGAAAUGAUGCAGGAAUUUUCAUGGAAUCUCGGUUUUAGAGGAAUGACAGGAUUGUUCAAGUUUCUUGACAGAAUAAAACCAAAAUCCCUGAUAAUGACUUAUGAUGUAUUGCAGAAACGAAGACAGUUCGAGGCAAAUAUUAACAAUCUACAAUCACGUGUUCAUAUGAUGGAACUAAAGCAAAAUGAGCUGAAACAAACUCAAGAAGUUCUAGAGAGGUACAUGAAUUAUGUCAAAACCAAUAAAUACUUUGAGUAUGAAGUUAGAGUGCCCUACAAAGAGAAGAGAACUUAUGAAGAUUUAAAGAAGAAAUAUGAAGACAAAAUUGGUGAUGGUGUUUCUUUGGUCAAUAAGCUGAAUGAAGAACUGCAAGAAUUAGAGAAAGAGAAAAUAAAGCUGGUGACUGAAGCUUUUGACUGCGUAGAAAAACUGGAGAAGAUCACAGUCAACACUGAUUCACUGCACAUACUUCAGCAUAUUGAUUUUCUGAUUGAGAAGCUGAAAGAAAUAAAUGAGACUGAAAAAGCCAAAACACUGGAGGACAUGAUCAAGAAGAGAGCAGGAGGAGAAAAUCAUGGAUCACUGGAUUACUUAAAAAGAUAUUUUUUUUAA